GGGGAGGGAGGGGGCCCCUUACUCUCUGGCAGCACCGACAUGGGUCCGGCGUUCCGGGAACGCCGGACCUUCCUCGGUGUUGCUACAGGGAGGGGGAGGGACGAACAUGAAACACCGCGGGGUUCCGUCGAGGACGAGGGCGAGGGAGGGGUCCGGCCAACUACCGUGCCGACAGGCACGCUGGUGGGGUCAAAAAUCUACAACAACAAACCAUGGGCUCUGGACUGGGUUGGUGGUCUGCAUAGGCCUGGGUGUGGGGCCGUCGUCUUCUUGAGCGACGACAAUGGUGCGACGUGGUACUGUUGUGGGGGUGUUGAGAAAUCUGAGAGCGCCAGGAAUACCUACGACGGGAGGUCGUUCAGGACCUUCUUUCUUACGUCAGUUUUCGACAAGGAUGACACAAAUUGCGUCAAGGAAGACAAGAAGGUCGGCCUUGACUUGCGGCUCUUUCAAGGCUACGACGUCAAGGCUUUCUCCAUAAAAGCGUUUGACGUGCGCGGGGACGGCACCGAGCUUCGCAUGCUGACUGCGGAACAGUUCCUCAGUAGAACGAACGGCUACCGCGUCACUGGCUGCCUUCCUGUCGUUGAAAGUUCCUUGGAGCUCACCAAACCCUUGUUGAAAUUCAGCAGCCCGGCGGACCAACUGCCAGGCGUUGUUAAGGAGUACAGGGAAGCCUUCUCGAGGCUGCCUCUGGACCAACAAGCCGACUGCGCUUUCGUGCCCUUUGUCACGAGCUCGAGGAAAUCGCGACAGACGCCAUCCGCGCCGGUUGGGAAGAGGAAACAGUUGGUUGCUUGUCCAGCUCCGCCUUUGCCAGCCGCGUCGCCCUCGCCCUUGCCCACGGUGAGGGGAGGUCACGAUAUCGCUCAAUAUUCCAGCGAGGAUACGGAGUACGAUGACAAAAGUCUGUAUGGACGCAAUGCUCCGCGUGACAGUGCCCAGGAAGGUGCGACUGCCCUCACUGAGCGAAACGAGGAGGAAGAAGAUGGGGGAAGCUGCGGUCCACGUGACGACGACGGUGAUGACGAGUAUAUGGACGUUGGGGAUGAGAACAUGCAGGACCAAAACAUGCUUGGCGAUGACGACGUCGGUGUCACGUCGGAGCAUGGCCCUGGCGACAUCCCCACCGGUUCUGUGGGAGCGGUUGUUGGUCGGCCCUUGUCGUCCCCUGCGAUAUGGCAUUCGCAAGGCGGGAGUCAGGGUGGGCAUGACUCGCAGGAGCACGGAAGAUCAAAGUCGAGGAAAAGGACAAGAGAAACUUCUCCUUUUGCUUCCGCUCACAAGAGACAAGCGAGGACUGACGCUGUUAAUGAGGCUCGUGGAGCUCUGGUGGCAUCCCAGGAGGCGAGACCUCCUCGGAAGAGCAGCCAAGGGGGAGGAUCUGGCGGUCGUGGCGGCGGCCGUGGUGGCGCAAGAAAAGGUAAGCAGAUAGUGAGGGCAGAAGAACUGCGGGACUCAGGGGAUGAGGGCGAGGGAGUGGGCCCUCGCAUGCCCGACGAUGGUGAUGAACCGCUUCAGCACGCUGCGCCCAUCGACAAGACGCGUUGUUUCUUCCUCGAGUAUGACGAGCGGGGUUUUGCUAAGCAAAAAGUCCUUCCUGUUCUUGUGGACGUCAUGAAUAUCAAACGCAUUCCCCGCGGGAAUAUUCUUUUCAACCACCGCUCUUUGUCUGCGAACAUUGUGCGAGGCAUCGUGAAUGCCAUCGAGAGUUCCAUCACCACGGAACCGGGGGCGUGGGAUAGGCCUGACCUCGUGCUUGCGCCGGUUGACCGCAACGACAUCGUUGGCGGGCAGGGUAGGCGGAUAACACCGACCGAAUUCUUCGAAAGAGACUCCUCAAAGUUCGAUUGGUAUGUUGUCUGUGGUCAGUAUACGGUCGAGGCCAUGAAGACAUUGGUAAAAAAGGGCUCUCCGACAGUCGACGUUUAUGGCCUUCGCUCGUACUCUAAGGUGCGGGUCAUCUAUUUUGGAGAUGAGCAGACACGAGGGUAUUUCAAUGUCUCCGCCUUCGUCAACACGCACAAAAAUCGGGCCAUGAUGUUGUCCUUCGAGGAUGCUGUCCGUGAUAUGAGGCAAUGGUGGAUCGAUAACCAUCGAAUCGAGGCCCCGAAAGGCACGGUCAGCGAUAAGGAUGCGGUCGCCGUUACGCACCAAAAGAAGUGGCAAAAUUUCUUAAGGGCCUCCAUGGGGAAGGCAUGCGACAAGGCGUUCGUGAAGCAAGCACUCGAGAAUGAGUACAGUAAGGAUUGGAGAAAUAAACUUCGUGGCUACAUGAACCUCGCCACAUCCACCGAGGCUGUGUGGCCACUGGUCGAGAAGUUCUUCGAGAUGUUCAACGAGGGGAAGCUGCCAGUUGGCGAUGGUAAAAUACCGCUUGACAUGCCGGCUGAAUGGGAGAAGGAACGGGACAAGCUGCAUGUUAACAAAGUGAAGACGGUCCCUCGACGGCUUGGAGGGGUGGAGGAGGCAAGGCAAGGAUCAGGCUUGGGCCCUACGGCGACAAUGUAUAAGGAGGCUCCGUUCCACUUUAAGGUGUUUGUAUACACCUCAAUCGAUAAGCUCGAUCUGCUUCGAGCGGAGGUCAAACGGGUCGUCUCCAGCACACGUCAUAUCGUGUGGGAUAAACUUAAAAAACAAACAACAUUGCUACCGGUGUGCAUGCCAUUGAAGGAAGUGCUGGCUGCGCCAGCUGACAUCGUCGCUGAGGCGCAAAAAAUGACCUGCAAGGCAGUCAUCCUUGACAUCUCCCCUGCUAACUUCUACACGACAUGGACCUCUCAAGAGUUCGACGCUCUGCACUCUAUAAUGACUAAGUGUUGUGGCAUUAAUUGGGUUCUUUUUAUCUUCGCACCGCAGAAGGUGCAAAGUGAUGUUCUGCGUUUCUUAUUCCAGUGGGAGGACAUCGAACUCAUCCUCGGGACCUGGAAACGGGUGGACAGACCAUCGAAUGACAUCACGAGGUAUGGCAAUAUCGCUACGGCGAGUCGAGACAUGAUGGCCAUUGUCCUGCAAGCGGAGGGAGGGGAUCUCAGAAAGGUCACGGUCGCACCCCGCCUUGUCAAUAACCUCACAAACGUGCAUGUUGUGGAGGACAAGUUCAGGAAGUGUCUGGGGAAACACGGUGGUAUAGAGGGCGAUGAAAGUGUGGUGUAUUCCAUCUGGGAGCGAGAGCCUGACAAGUUGCGUUCGUUGUGCGGGUCAUUCGUCGGGGAGGCGGAAGGGUCCAUCCCGGUGGCCGCCCCAAGCGUCGCCUCAAUGGUGGCCCCGUCGGAGACUGCUGCAUUGCAAGACAAUGGAAGAUGCGGUGGCAAUGAAGAAGACGACAUUGAGAUACCAGGCGAGGCGUCGACGCUCGCACCAGGCGAUGCAAUUCCUCCAGGCUAUUGUGCUGACCCGAACACGAUUUAUUUCUUGGAGGGCAAACACACCCACACAGGCGAGGAUCAAUGGGGCCAUGACAUCAUAUGGCAUGAGGGCGUUUUACAGCCGUGCAUCCAAGAUGGGGAGUGGAAGAUGGCGGUGAAAUACACAAGCGGUUGGAAGACUUUUCGUCGGAUGUCAAAGGACAUCUGGUUGAAAACGACGGAGCUCACGAUCCUGCAUCGUGUGCGCGUCGAGAAUCCAGGGCAGAGCGAGGCCGCCAUCAAUGCCAAGGCCGAAAAAUUGUUUCAUGUCUUGCGCGACAAUCGACAACUGGAGUACAACAAUAAAUUUUAUGCCCUGCGCUCGAGUCCCUCACGUGGGUCAAUCAACUGGAAGGUUGAUCAAACCACCAGAACCUUGGAGGGGAGCUGCUCUCAUGAUUUCAUGCCUUCGGCUGAGCCGGCCUCUGUGGCCGCGCAAGCAGGGCACAGGGGAGAUGACGGGACUACUGUUGUCGGGCCUCAAGAGGUUGACAUGACGUCAAUGCUGUAAAUAUUGGAAAAAUCCAUCUCGGUCGCCGCGGCACAAUCGUCCCCGCCCAUCGAGGUAUCAACGACGUUGCCGCCGGAUGCAGGUGCCACGUACGGGAGUUUAUUGAUAACAAAUGCUGCAAUGCAAG